AUGCAAAAAAUUUUUGAAAAGUUCCGGAGUGGAGCAAAAAUUCUUGCAACCGAGUCAAAUGCUGAGGUUGAGAUCGUCGUCAAAUACUCAUUCAAAGAAAAACCUGAGACGUCGUCCGCACUUCCAAAUGAACGCAACUGGCGUACGGGUACAACACGUGACGUGUCGAACAAGAGCUCACAUAAACGACAUUCACGAAAACCACUGGUGAAACCAUCGGCAACUUAUGUACAAAUUCGGAAUCCAGGAAGCCGGUCACCACCGGUUAGCAUAAAAACUGGGAAAAAGAUUCGCGUAUCAAAAAGCCAAAGCAGUACUGCACAAUUUUCUUCAAGCCGAAUUCUACCUGUAUGUAUAACAGGAAGUCAUCAUUCCGCAAUGAGUUGA